AUGGAGAAUGUGUCCAUCCCCGCCGGUGCACCGCCGGUGUGCAACGACUCUGUAGACUUCUACUCCCUCACUUCCGGGAACCGGACGGAGCUGAACUGCACUCCUCCCCCUGAGUUUUACUUUUACGCGGACCUCUAUGUCGUUUUGCCGGUCAUCUACUCAGUCAUCUGCGCCGUGGGGCUGACGGGAAACACGGCCGUCAUCUACGUCAUCCUCAAAGCGCCCAAGAUGAAAACAGUCACCAACAUGUUCAUCUUGAACUUGGCCAUAGCGGACGAUUUGUUCACCUUGGUCUUGCCGAUCAACAUAGCUGAACAUCUGCUGCACUACUGGCCGUUCGGCGAGGUUUUGUGCAAAAUCAUCCUCAGCAUAGACCACUACAACAUCUUUUCCAGCAUCUAUUUCCUCACAGUUAUGAGCGUCGACCGGUACUUGGUGGUCUUGGCGACGGUGCGUUCCAAACGCAUGCCCUACCGCACCUACCGAGCUGCCAAAAUCGUCUCCUUGUGCGUCUGGGUCCUGGUGAUCCUCAUCGUGAUGCCUUUCACCGUUUUCGCCGGCGUCUACAUCAGCCCGGACGACACCGAGAGGAAGAGCUGCGUGCUCAGCUUCCCCAGCCCAGAGAGCCUGUGGUUCAAAGCGAGCCGGAUCUACACGCUCUUCCUGGGCUUCGCCAUCCCGGUCUCCACCAUCUGCAUCCUGUACACCAUGAUGCUGUACAAGCUGAGGAACAUGCGGCUCAACAGCAACGCCAAGGCGCUGGACAAGGCCAAGAAGAAGGUCACCAUCAUGGUGUUCAUCGUCCUGGCCGUCUGCCUGUUCUGCUGGACGCCCUUCCACCUCAGCACCAUCGUGGCUCUGACCACGGACCUGAGGACCACGCCGCUGCUCAUCGGGAUCUCCUACUUCAUCACGAGCCUGAGCUACGCCAACUCCUGCCUCAACCCGUUCCUCUACGCCUUCCUGGAUGACAGCUUCAGGAAAGCCUUCAAGAAGAUGCUGGAAUGUAGACCGGCCUGA